UGCAGGACUGUGUUUAUGAUGGGUCUUUGUAUUAAAUUAUAUUAACCUCCUGAGAUCUAAGGAUUGUAGUCUACAUCUAGUAUUUUUGACAUCUAAAACAGGCUGAAAAUUUCACAAUUUCCCUUCAACAUGUAUUUUUCUUUCUUCUGACUGAGCUACCUGUUACAUGUUUGUGAAUUGUUUAAUUCGGCUUCGGCAGUUUCGACACAAACAUMACACCGUCAUUUAGCUGGUAGUGGUACUUUCGGUUUCAGCAACAGGAUGUUUCAAAAUAAGAGUCUGAUUUAAUACAGUCCGAACCAUAGGUCCAAACAAAACCUUACAGAUGGCAUUAAUACACACGAAACCGGUCUGCAGGAGGAAGAGUUGCUUAAAUUCUGCUGACAGAAUCAGAAAAGAGAGUUUGCUUUUUAAGAUCCUGUUUCAUCUUCUGUAUUCAAGAAUAAAAGUUUAUGAAUCAUUGAAUUUAAUUUGUUGUAGUUAAAGCUGUCCGACUCACUUAAUGCAGUAAACACAAAAUGAGUAAAGUUAUUUAAUGGAUUAUAAACACAGAUUAAAAUAACUGUAGAAGACUAAAGAAGACAAAUCAGUUUGAAAUAAUCUUGAUUAAAUUCUGCAUGUCAGGAUUUUUUGGUCUUGAUGUCAGAAAAUCCUUAUCCUCCAAGGAUUACAGAAACCCUCACCUGAGCCGUGACACAGCUGAUGGCACCGUUGAUUUAUUUAUUUACUAAUAAAGGUUCUGACAGUUUGAAUAAGUGCUUUUAUUCUUGUAAGAAGGAGCAUUUAUUAAAUACACCAACAGCACAAACUGACGAUGUUCAGUUCUUACAUACAAACAAUAAUAAUAAUGUUAAGGAUGAGAGGAAAUGCAGCUUGAGAACAGGAUCUAACAAGAAGCCAUUUUGAAGUUGUGUAAUAAAACUGACAUGUUAAUAAAACCAGCUCAGAGUAAAGUCUGGCAGCAGGAACAAAAGAAAGGCCUCCCCUGUGGUCGUUAAUCAUUUGUGCUGUUGAAAUGUUGAAACUAAUCUGAGCAGAAGUGACACUGAUUUGUGUUCGAGUCAAAGGGGAUGUUACUAAAAGGGACAAAGUUCAAAACUGGACAGGAGCAAACUUUAGUUGUUCAGACAAAUUAAAACAAUGUUUUAACAUGUUUACAGCUCUCAUGGAUUUAUGAGUCCAGUUUAUUCGGAGCUCUGUUGUUGUUGGGUCUGAAUAUGUGGAGGAAUCCAGCUGAGCCAGUUUGAUGUGGAGAAAUGAGUCAUCGUGUUGUGAUUUUCCUGAGCCACAAUCUGUGCAGAGAACAAACCUGCAGUGAAAUUUCAUGAUUUUUUUUCCCCCUGUCUGCAGAGAAGAGGAAGUCCAACAGGAGAGUCUGAAACUCAGAGAAAUGAAAGUCAGAAGAGCUGCUGACAUCUGAACAAACGGAGCAGAAAAACAAAGCAGGCAGAGAGGACACCCUGAAGAACUUCUGCUGAGAUCCUGAUCAGGGCGAUGAUGAAUCUGCUCCUCUUCAUCUUCACAAUAAAGGUCAUCGUGACCUGCAGAUCAGCUGAUUGGCCAGCUACAACUUAUACACCAGGUGGACAAAAUUUAAAAGGGAAAAUGUUCACUUUGACUCGCUAUGAAGGAGGAUUGGUUCUCUACUCCCCCCAUCAGCCCCCUCCAGGGAUGAGUACAGCACAAUCAAAAACUCAAACAAGGUCAACCACUGAAGACCCAACAAGAUCAACCACUGAAGACCCAACAAGAUCAACCACUGAAGACCCAACAAGAUCUACCACUGAAGACCCAACAAGAUCAACCACUGAAGACCCAACAAGGUCAACCACUGAAGACCCAACAAGGUCAACCACUGAAGACCCAACAAGGUCAACCUCAACCUCUGAAGACCCAACAAGAUCAACCACUGAAGACCCAACAAGGUCAACCUCAGAUUUCAACACCACCAAAUACACCACCACCACCCCACACACCACCACCAGACACACCACCACCAGACACACCACCACCACCCCAUUCACCACCUAUCCAUGGACCACAGCUUCUCCCACCAGAGGUGUGACCGUGUGUUUACGGUACGUCACUGACUCACAGAGUGYCUCCAUCUUCACCCUCAGUCCGUACAGCACCCCCAUGAGUCUGAGUACCGAUGGACUCGGCACAUAUAUGCUGUCCUUCAACAGAUACAGCAGCCUGUACAUGCCGACCCGCAUCUUCUGGUCUAACAAUAAAAAGAAGAUCUGGACCAGCGUCUGCGUCACUGUGGACAGCAGGAAGGCUGUGACCCAGGUGUUCAGUGACUCCAUGAUGAGCACCAGGAAACUGAUCCCUUACAGGUAUUCGUGGUCAGGUGAGCCCACAGUUGAUUUCACACAAUUUGAAGGCCAGGUGACAGACGUCCAGGUGUGGGAUUAUCCUCUCUGCUUCAGGGAAGUCUUUUACUUCCUGACUUCUGGUGUCUACGGACCGUACCGAGGCUCGGUGCUGAGCUGGUCCGACAUCACGUACUCUGUCACAGGGAAGACCCUGAUGGAGGACAGCUACGAUCAGCUGGUGAACCUGCCGGACCUUAGAGGGGAGCGAAAACCUCCCCUGAAGUGGGAGAAGAAUCAUCCCAACAAGGUUUUUAACAUGRAGAGSAGCAAGAAACACAAGAGAUGGUUCUGAGAAGAGAUUAUAAAAAAAUAUAAUCUGUGGAGAUAUUCAAACAAUGACAAUCUGUCAAACUUUACAUCUUACUAAGAUUAAAACAGAUUAAAGGAGCUGUUCUGUUUAUUUUUGAGUUUUCUGCUUCACAGAAACUUCAGCCUCACUAACAUUUUGAAAUCCAUCCCAGUUUAUCUAAACAUCAUUUUUAUGAAGAUAAACAGACUUUUAUUAUGUAAUCUACUCACUUCUUCCAUGUUCUUUUUAAUAAAAUUAAUCAAAUUA